GCCCGGCAAGAACGUGCAGAUGGCGGAGCGUGAGAUCCGGGACCUCUGCCACAUGGCGCGGGAAAUCUUCCUGAGCCAACCCAUCCUGCUGGAGCUGGAGGCACCGCUGAAGAUCUGCGGUGACAUCCAUGGGCAGUACUACGACCUGCUGCGGCUCUUCGAGUGCGGAGGCUUCCCGCCUGAGAGCAACUACCUCUUCCUGGGCGACUACGUGGACCGGGGCAAGCAGUCGCUGGAGACCAUCUGCCUCCUGCUGGCCUACAAGCUGAAAUACCCCGAGAACUUCUUCCUGCUGCGUGGGAACCACGAGAGCCCCAGCAUCAACCGCCUCUACGGCUUCUACGACGAGUGUGAUGUAUUCCUUACGCCCGCCGAUCUGAAACCGACCUUCGCACGCCUUGAGAAGCUGUGCGUCAUUCCCUGA